AUGGCGAAGUUACAUGCCUUUCGUGUGAAGUAUUCUGUGGUGAAGGAACUCAUGCAGCCAACUUCUUGCACGCACACUUGUAAAUCUUACAGGAAUCGGGAAGGCAUUUCAGAGGUGAGCAGGGAGAGAAGGCAGCACGGGAACACGGUGGAGGUGAGCGGAGGCGGACUGACCCGGGGGAAGCAGAGCAGGUGCAGCACCCACUUCCCCGCGGGGGCUGCGGGGGGAACUUGUGUCCGGCUCGGGGAAGUUGCGCGUCCGGCUCGGGGAAGUUGCAUCCCCGACUCGGGACAAGCAGUGGGGAGCUGGGACCCGCGAUGCCCGAGGCUGGCAGCAGGUAUCGCGGGGCAGGGAAGCAGCAGGAGGCGCUCGGGCAGGUGCCGGCGGGGGCGGGGACCGGCGGGCAGGUGCGUGGCCGGAGCGGGAAGGGUGACGGGAGGGUGGUGCUGCCCUCGGGGCUUCCCCCUCACUCUGCCUCUCUCCGUUCUCUCCCCCCGGGCUCCGAGGAUGAGCGGAGCCGAGGGCAUGCACUUCAGGCGGCCGGCGAUCCGCAGGAAAUUCAGCCCCUUCGCCGCCUAUGGAGCAGCGACCACCCGCCCCGCCGUGCCCGCCCGGAGGACGCCCGCAGUACUGGCUGGUCGUUGGAGAGCAGUGCUGCAGAAAAGGACAUGCGGAGCUGAUAACAAGAGGAAUGUGAGUCGGCAGUGUGCCCUUGUGGUGAAACGGAACCAACUACAGCAAACCAAGGAAAGAAGAAAAGGAAUGUCAAAAUGCACUGUAUCUGCUGUUAAAGUGGCUGGGUGUUGGUAGAGGUAACGUGACCAAAGGUAUCAUUAUAAUUCAGCAUGGCUUCAGCAUUUGAAAGGAAGGUUGAGGAGGGUUUCUGUAUGAGAUAGUUGAUGAUGUUAGAGCUGAUGAUGUUUGAAUUCCAUUUUCUCUGGGAAUAUUGAAGAUUUUAGUCCAAAUAGUAGUUAGGAGUGAAUGAGAAUGUGGUUGACUUAUGCUAGUAGCAUCAGAUGUCUUACUAGUGAAGAACAAUUAAUAAACAAUUCACAGAUUCAUUAGCUGAACUGUCUGACUGCACUGUAUUUUUCUUUCCAUUCUGUUAGGCUGAGAUGCAUACAUUUGGUGAUGUAGUGUUCUCACAGCCAUCUUCCCAGGAGAGACUAGGCAUACCAACUAUGCUUCAGUGCUGAGCACUGG